AUGACGAUGAUGAAGGUAGGUGGCGAUGAUGUUGAUGAUGUUGAUGAUGAUAAUGGUGAUGAUGAUGUUGAUGUUAAUGCGGACGAUGUUGGUGGUAAUUUUGAUGAUCAUGGUGAUGAUGAUGAUUAUCACGAUGAAGGUGAUGAUGGUGAUGAUGAUCACGAUCACAAUGACGGUGAAGACGGUGCUGAUGAUGAUGAGGCUGAUGAUGCUGGUGAUGAUAAUCAUGGUGAUGAUGAAGAUGAUGAUGCUGAUGAUAGUGAUGAUGAUGAACAUAUUGAUGAGGAUGAUGAUGAUGAUGAUGGUGAUGAUGAUGAUAUUGAUGAUGGUGUUGAUGAAGAUGAUAAUGGUGAUGAUGAUGAUGAUGAAGAUGAAGAUGAAGAUGAUGAUGGUGAUGAGAAUGGUGAUGAAGACGGUGAUGACGAUGAUAAUCAUGUUGGUGAUGAUGAUGAUGAUGACGAAGUUGAUGAUGAUGCUGAUGAUGAUGAUGGUGAAGAUGAUGAUGGUGAUGAUGAGGUUGAUGAUGAUAAUGAUGAUCGUGAUCAUGAUGAUGAUGAUGGGGAUGAUGAUAACGAACGUGAUGAUGAUGAUGAUGAUGAUGAUGAUGAUGAUGAUGAUGAUGAUGACGACGGUGAUGACGAUGAUGAUCAUGAUGGUGAUGAUGAUGGUGAUGUUGAUGAUGACGAUGAACGUGAUGAUGGUAAUGAAGAUGCGGGUGAUGAUGACGAUGAAUGUGAUGAUGAUGAUGAUGAUAAUGACGAUGAUGGCGAUGGCGAUGGCCAUCAUAAAGAUGAUGGUGCUGGUGAUGACGAUGAUGAUCAUGAUGAUGAUGAUGAUGAUGAUGAUGAUGAUGAAGACGAUGAUGUACAUGAUGAUGAUGAGGAGGAGGAGGAUGAUGAUGACGAUGAAGUUGAUGAUGAUGAGGAUGAUAAUGGUGAUGAUGAUGACCACGAUGGUGAUGAUGAUGAUGGUGGUGGUGACGAUGAUGCUGAUGAUGAUGAGGAUGCUGACGACGAUGAUGAUGAUGAUGGUGAUGAUGAUGAUGAUGUUGUUGAUGACGUUGAUGACGAUGAUGAUGACGAUGAUGAUGAUAAUGAUGAUGACGACGGUGCUGACGAUGAUGGUGAUGACGGCGAUGAUGAUGGUGAUGAUGAAGAUGAUGAUGAUGGUGAUGAUGAUGAUGGUGACGAUGAUGGUUGCGAUGAUGAUGAUGAUGAUGAUGAUGAUGAUGAUGAUGAUGAUGAGGAUGAUUGUGAUGAUGAUGAUGGUGAUGUUGAUGAUAAUGAUGGUGAUGGUGAUGAUGAUGAUGUUGAUGAUGUUGUUGAUGUUGCUGAUGACGAUAAUGAUGGUGAUAAUGAUGAUGAUGAAGAUGCUGAUGAUGACCGUGAUGAUGAUGAUGCUGAUAUCGAUGAUGAUGAUGAUGCUGAUGAUGAUGAUGAUGAAUAUGAUAAUGAUGAUGACGAUGACGAUGAUGAUGGCGAUGAUAAUGACGAUGACGACGUUGGUGAGGAUGAUGAUCAUGAUUAUGAUGAUGAUAAUGAUGAUGAUGAUGAUGAGGAUGAUGACGACGAUGAAGGUGAUGAUGAUGAUGAUGAUGAUGGUGAUGAUAAUGAUGAUGAUGAUGAUGAUGAAGAUGAUGAUGAUGACGAUGAUGAUGGCGAUUAUGAUGAUGAUGAUGUUGAUGGUGAUGAUGGUAAUGAUGAUGGCGAUGAUGAUGAUGAUGAUGAUGGUGAUGAUAAUGAUGAUGAUGAUGAUGAUGAAGAUGACGUUGACGAUGACGUUGAUGAUGAUAAUGAUGAUGAUGAUGAUGAUGAUGAUGAUGAUGAUGAUGAUGAUGAUAAUGAUGGUGAUGGCGAUGAUGAUGAUGAUGAUGUUGAUGAUGGUGGUGAUGAUGCUGAUGCUGAUGAUGAUGAUGGUGAUGGGGAUGAUGAUGAUCUUGAUGAUGAUGAUGGUGACGAUGAGGAUGAUGAUGAUGACGUUGAUGAUGAUGUUGGUGACGAAUAUGAUGAUGAUGAUGAUAAUGAGGGUGAUUAUGAUCAGGAUGAUGAUGAUGAAGAUGAUGAUCAUGAUGAUGAUGGUGCUGAUUAUCAUGUUGAUGAUGAUGAUGAUGUUGAUGACGACGAUGAUGAUGAUGAUGGUGAUGAUGAUGAUGAUGGUGGUGAUGAAAAUAUUGUUGAUGAUGAUGAUUAUGACCAUGAAGUUGAUGAUGGCGAUGAUGAUCAUGAUAACGAUGAUGGUGAUGACGGUGCUGAUGAUGAUGAGGAUGAUGAUGAUGGUGAUGAUGAUGAUGGUGAUGAUGAAGACGAUGAUGAUGAUGAUGAUAGUGAUGAUGAUGAAAAUUUUGAUGACGAUGAUGACGAUGAUGAUGGUGAUGGUGAUGAUGAUGCUGAUGAUGAUGAUGGUGAUGAUGCGGAUGAUGAUGAUGAUGAUGUUGAUGAUGAUGAUGUUGAUGAUGGUGUUGAUGAUGAUGAUGAUGAUGGUGAUGAUGAUGAGGAUGAUGAUGAUGAUGAUGAAGAUGACGAUGAUCAUGAUGAUGAGAAUGGUGAUGAAGACGGUGAUGACGAUGAUGAUCAUCAUGGUGAUGAUGAUGAUGAUGAUGAUGAUGAUGAUGAAGUUGAUGAUGAUGGUGAUGAUGAUGAUGAUAAUGAUGAUGAUGAUGAUGAUGAUGAUGAUGAUGAUGAUGAU